AGCCGGACCAGUCACAUUCACAAGCUCGCAUCAACCGUGAGUCACAACGUAUUUUGCGUUCAGGUCUGAUAUAUAAUCUACUCGCGAGCGAUGGCUCUCUUCACCUGGCUCAUCCCACCGAAGGCGGGACAAGCUACUCACAAUGGGCUCGAUUACUAUCCGCAACACCAUCGCCUCCGAUCUUCCUCUAUUGCCAGCCCUCGAAACGGCGGCCUAUGAACCUUUUCGCGCCAUCGGUAUGGCAGACUUCGCCAAUCGGCAACCUCCAACUCUUGAAGAGCUAGCGGCGUAUCACGAUACAGGACACGCCUGGGUAGCAGCCGUCUCUGAGGACGAGGCGGAUUCGGGCACACCAAUCGCAUUUGUCUUGGUGUACGUCGUAAACAAUGAUGGCCUCGGGUGGAAGAGCGCCUUCAUACACGAAAUCAGCGUGUCUCCUGAGUACGCCAGGCGAGGCAUUGGAAAGACAUUGAUCGAUCACGUCGCUUCUUGGGCUCAGCAGAAUGGGCUGAGGGCGUUAGACCUCGCGACAUAUGUCAAUGUACUUUGGUGCAAACCAUACUUCGAGAGACUGGGCUUUAGGGUAGUAGAUGAGGAAGAACUUUUGAUGAACGAAUAUAGUGGAGUUCGGCGUCUCAUUAUGUGUGAAUGGCAUGAUGAACUUCUGGGCCGAUGGCGUCGAGUGGCAAUGCGAAAGUUUCUCUGAACGCUCGCGGUCAAACGCAAUCGAGCGUGGUCCCCGCCCCAUACAGUUGCAAGAUGAGCUGAUGAUGGAUAUUUCAAAGGGUGUUUCAUUUCGCUUCUUCAAUCGUUUGAUUCCUGAUUUAGGCUUUUAAUAAUCUGCUGAAACUCAGUCAACAAUAUCUCUGAAUGUGAAAACAAACUUUUCAAUACCUCGCAUGACCCAGAUCAAGGCAUCGACUGUGAGUCACAAGUUUUACAUGUAGAUAGACGUUCGUGAGGAUAUAGCAACAUAUUUAUCCCAAGUUUUCAACAC